UUAUCCAAAUUAUGAUCAAAUUGAAUACGUGACCUAUAUAAAACACUAUGGCAGCCGGUUAAAGUAUAAAUAGUGAACUUUAAAAAUAUGAAAGUACUAAAAUUUUAUUUUUUAAGAAAUUAAAUUCGCAAAUUUAUUAUUUCUUACAUAUUAGUUUACUUUUGUAAAAAUCAGCAUACAAUCAUCAUGUUUGAUCAAAGUAUUAUUGGAAUAUGUUUCUUUAUCUGCUUAGCAAUAGUUUUUAACUUCUCUUUGCACCGUAUAGAGGAGGGUCAUGUUGGCGUUUAUUUUAGGGGUGGCGCAUUGCUGCCUCAAGUAAGUAAUCCAGGAUUUCAUAUGAUGAUACCAUUAUUGACAACUUACCGUUCAGUUCAAGUUACUUUACAAACAGACGAAGUAAAGAAUGUACCAUGUGGUACUAGUGGUGGUGUAAUGAUUUAUUUUGAUCGUAUUGAAGUUGUAAAUGUAUUAGAUGCAAAUAGUGUUUAUAAUAUGGUGAGGAACUUCACAGCAGAUUAUGAUCAAACAUUAAUAUUUAACAAAAUCCAUCACGAGUUAAAUCAAUUUUGUUCUGUACAUACACUGCAUGAAGUUUAUAUAGACUUAUUUGAUCAGAUAGAUGAAAACUUAAAAACUGCUUUACAAAAAGAUUUGAAUGAUUUAGCACCUGGUUUAAGUAUACAUGCAGUGAGAGUUACCAAGCCAAAAAUUCCAGAAACUAUUAGAAAAAAUUAUGAAUUAAUGGAAGCAGAGAAAACAAAAUUAUUAAUAUCUACACAACAUCAAAAAGUAGUAGAAAAGGAUGCAGAAACUGAUAGAAAAAAAGCUGUUAUUGAAGCAGAAAAAGAGGCACAAGUCGCAAAGAUUCAAUACAGUCAGAAAAUUAUGGAAAAAGAAUCUUUACAACGAAUGGCAUCUAUUGAAGAUGAAAUGCAUUUGGCAAGAGAAAAGAGUCAUUCUGAUGCUGAGUAUUAUCAAAUGAAAAUGCAGGCAGAAGCUAACAAAUUGCUUCUCACUAAGGAAUAUUUAGAACUUAAAAAAUAUGAAGCACUUGCACGUAAUACAAAAAUUUAUUAUGGUCAAGAUAUACCAAAAAUGUUUAUGUAUGGGGGUUGCUCAAAUGAUCCUAGCAUAGGUUCCACUGUAGAUGUGCAAGAGUCUGUAGUGCAAUGAAUAUGUAAACUCUUUUUGUCUCUAAUACAAUGGUCAUUUUAGCUAAUUCCAGUAUAUAAUAGAUAUUAUUACAUUGGUUGUAAAAGCGUUAAAAAUUAAUAAUUGUAUUUAGAUACUUAUUAACAGUUUAUUUUAAAGAAUAUGUAUAUCCAUAACUGUCCUCGUGUCAAGUCUCGUUAAAGUUCUCGAUUUUUCUAAUAAAGCUAUUACUUGUAUGUAUAUUAA